AACAAUCACAUGUUUGAUAUAUUAAUGGAACGAAGAAUGGAUGUUUUUCUCUUCAGAGAAAAUCCUCAAGCGCAUUCAGAAAACAAGAAUAAUUCUGCAUCCACAUUGUGAACAACAAAGGCAACCACACUAAUUGCUCCAAAUACUGAACCUUCCAACCCAAAUGAAAUUCGGCGGCGUAGACCUAGAGACCCUGCACCAAGGCCAACUUGGUCAGUUUGGGGAAAGCACAUGCCAUGCCACUCGCCGGUGGCGCUGCGGCGCCGAAACUAGGACCGCUCGGAGUCCGAAAAAGGGGGAGGGGGGGGGGUUGUUGCGGAGCCAGGCCGCCGGUGGUUUAACACAGCCGUUGUGCGCCAACAGGCCUGGGCCGCUCACAAGUAAGUGGGCCCGCCGUGAUGCGGGAGGUCCGUGGGCUGCUCUCGGGGAGAGAGGCCGCUAUUUACUGGACGCCAGGGCCACUCACUUGUGGAGAGAGGCCGCCGUUUCCUGGAGGCCCGGGACAUUCACUUGUGGAGAGAGGCCGCCGUUUCCUGGACGCCAGGGCCACUCACUCGGGGAGAGACGCCGCCGUUUCCUGGAGGCCCGGGCCACUCACUCGGGGAGAGAGGCCGCCGUUUCCUGGAGGCCCGGGCCACUCACUCGGGGAGAGAGGCCGCCGUUUCCUGGAGGCCCGGGCCACUCACUCGGGGAGAGAGGCCGCCAUUUCCUGGAUGCCCGGGCCACUCACUCGCGGAGAGAGGCCGCCGUUUCCUGGAGGCCCGGGCCACUCGGGGAGAGAGAAAGGACGCAGUUCCCGGAGGCCCGGGCCGCUACUACGCCAUAAACACGAGCUGCGGCCGUAUGUCCACAGCCUGCAUUUUUUCUUCGGAGGAAGGGACAGCGGGAACGAGUCUCCGAACCGCUGCCCGUGGAGGUCCAGAGCCCAGGAGGCACACUGGGUCCCACAUGCGACGCCUCCGCCAUUAUUACCAGGAAGUCAUCGCGAACACAACUUAAGAGACCAAAGUACCCGCCAGGCCAGGGGCCAUGGACAAUUCUGACUUGGUGGAGAAUGGAUGUGAAAUCACAGAGGAACAUCUGGAGAAAUUUCUGAAACGCCUGUCCGUUGCUGUCGUUACUGAGUGGUCGGGAAUCUUUCGGAGGGUAGGCCUCAAAAUCCCCGGGCUUGCCUGCUUUUGGCGACCGAGAAAGAGGUCAAAUCGCUCGGACAGAGAUGGCGCUCAGUACUCAGUGUCGGCGCUGAUCAGAGCUCGAAGUUUUCAGAUGACUCAGUCGGAUUGUGGUCGGCAUGGCUGGGAGAGUUUUUCUUCCCUCUCCCGACUGCGUGAGAUGUGGGACAUUUGAGAAACUUUGAACUUUACUGUGCUCAUGGACUUUCUUCAUCAAGUUAUGGUAUUGUGCACUGUUGUAACUAUAUGUAUAAUUAUGUGGUUUUGUCAGUUUUUUCAGUCUUGGUUUGUCCUGUGUUUUGUGAUAUCACACCAGAGGAAAUAAUGUAUCACUUCUUAAUGCAUGCAUUACUAAAUGACAAUAAAAGGGGACUACAUGUCUUCAUAAUCUAAAAACUACCUAAUCAUGCUAUGCUUUUCAAAGUCCCCUUUUAAAAUUUUCUUAAUUAGGUAUUUGGGACUUGCCUGUAGACUGAUGUUUGGAUACUAGUCUUUAAUCCUGUGCUUCUCUAAUUUUCCCUUUCUUCAAUAGCACUGUUACAUUUGCUGUUUUCCAAGAACCUAGGAAAUUAUGGAAGAUAGCAACAAAUGUAGGCACAGCCAGGCAGGCAAGAAGAUGAACUCCAAACAUAGAUUAAUACAUGGGACAAGGAUAUUUAAGCCUAUUACCAAAACCGGGUUCAGGGAAGGGCAAGACUGGCAGCUCAAUGUUCCAAAGCUCUGAAGCAGCAACACUAUAUUCUAUGUUGCUUUACUUCUCAUUACCUCAAUGUACGUAAGUACGGCAGGAUCUGCAUGGAUGGUAUGCAAACAGCAGCUUUUCACUUCAUCUCAGUACAUGUGACAAGUGAUAAAACAACACCAAGAACAAAUGCUACAGGUAGAGAUGGAGGUACAGUGAGUUGCUUUUCUAAUUAGGGAGAGCACCACACUGCUACCAAAGAGAAAAUAUUCCUGGGUAUCAU